GAUGCACAAUAUAUUCAAUCGUCACCAUAUAAUAGAGAUAAUUUUUUCAGCUCAUUUAUUCAGUAUCUUGUAAGCUUUCGUACUGAUUUACAUUUACACGACAACCGAAAAUGAAAAUAUUUGCUGUUAUAUUCGCUGUUUGCGUUGUUGGUGCUCUAGCCCAACUCAAUGAAGACGAUGAAGCAGCUAAGAUGAACGAAUACAGAACAGCUUGUGCAAAUGAAACUGGUUUUAAUGACGUCAACGUUUCCAAUAUUCCGGUCGGCAACUGGAUAACGUACGUCCCUAGAAUUCAGUGUUACUACACUUGCAUAAUGAAGAAAAUGAAAAUCAUGAAUGAGGAUGGAACAGUGAACGAAGAGAAAACUCGCAAGAGGAUGGCCGACAAAUUUCCAGCAGACAAAAUUGACGCCGUUAUUACGAAAUGCAAAGACUUGAAGGGCGCUUAUAUGUGCGAGAGCGUCAUGAUGAUAAUGAAGUGUUACGAUGAUGAAAAAGCCUCACUAUGGCCAUCUGAAAAGAGCGCUUGAUUUAUUCCUUUUUUCUUCAUGUGACUACAUAUUUCUGUUAAUUAUUUAUGUCUACUACAUCUUUAUUUUUUAUUAAUUCUUUAAAACAUCAGUUAAUAAUAAAUGAGUAGAUACUUUUGCUUUAAA